AUGACCAUGUCAAAGCGUUCAGAAGAGACCACGAGACAAACGUGUGCCAACAUGCAGCUCACAGAAAAUAAACCGAAAACUAAAAGAAAAGGCGAGAAGCAGGAUCUAUGCUGUGCUUGGGAGUGUUCCGACACGGAUGGCGGAAUCAAUGAUAAUGCAUUUCACCGAUACCAGGAGGCCAAACAGAAGGUUAGGCACAAGUGCAGUUACUUGGAUGAGAGGAACAUCAUUUUGUCUCCUCAUUUAUUUGCUCAGCCCAGGUCAUGCGCAUCUAGAACAAAUGAUGCAUCAGAUGAAGCAAACUCAAGAUGGAAAGCAUCCCAAAUCAGUAGCGUCCCCACUAAAUCUGCCAACCCAGACGUGAUCAUUACCACUGAAAGACCAAGUGCACCAGACCCUAGCUGUGUACCCAUAAAUCCCAGAGUAUCUAGUGAUUCAAUGACCCAGAUACAAAGUACUGUCAGUGAGAACUCACUGCAAGUACAUAUUGUAGAGGUGAGUGGGAUUCUGCCAAUGAUAGAGUGGAUUCCGGAAUCAUCUCAUGAGGAAAUGACAGAGGAAACCACAUCUUGGAGGUGUGUGGGAUUUAUCUCUGCGAACCAUGAAACAAGGAGUCCUGAAGUUCUUUGGAAAAAGGCAUCUGGACGGAAAAUCGAAUGGUGCAAUGAGCGCCUGUCUAAGACGGCCCACCUCGGGUCAUCAUCGCCCGCCAAUGACCUGCCGGCCGCAGUCAGACCCAGAGUGGUGAUCCGGAGAUUGGCACGAGUAAGAGGUUACAGAGGGACAAGCAGCCAUAGGGAACUGAAGCUCAAACCGUUGGUGAAUCACAAAGACCUGCACAAUAGCUACUACAGUCGGUCAACACUACACAAUCGCUAUGGAUGUCUCUGUAGCCCUUUCCAGCCAUGCCUGAGACACAGUCCAGGGGGAGACCAGCGAGACCUUGACAGGAAACAGCAAGGACAGCAGAGAGAGUUUUCAGAUGCAAUUGGGGGCUGA